CGUAAAGACUCUAGCAAAGCGCCGGUGGGCUGCCAGAUUGGGCUGCCCAAGAAGGCGUCGUUGGCGCCUCGUGGACGCAAGGAACUUUCCCGGGAGCCGCCCGGCGCCCCCGCCCAUCGCUCCGGCAGGCAUUAUGGCCAGCGACCCCCGCUACAAGCUCGCCCGCCUGGCCGAGGCCCACGGCAUCCUGCAGAGGGACCACGCGACCGCGCUCGAGCGCACGAAUAGCGCCGAGGCGGCCCAGCGCAAACUAGAGUCGGCGGUGGAGGCAAGAGACAUACGAAUAGAGGAGCUCGAGGACGCCCUCACGACGCUGUCCGCGCAAGCGCGGGCCUUCGAAGCUUCAGCAAAAGAACAGCGGGCCAAGGCGGAAGGUCGCGUCGCGAACGAAACUCUCGAAGCGGAGCGGCAGGCUCGGUUAAGCGCCGAGGACCAGAGGAGGGAGGCGGCCGACGCGCUGGCCCGAGCGGGCGCCGAAUGUGCCGCGGCCGUCGCGAGCGCGGGCGCGGCCGCCGAGGCGGCGCGCGCCGAGGCCAUGAAAUUACAGAGACGGGCCGACCACGAGCGGAGUGAAUUGAACGAGAAAUUGCGCGAGUUGGAACUGCGCGCCGAGGCUUCCGAAAGACGAGAAGCGCAAUACUGUCGGGACGCGGCGGCGCAGAAGAAAAGACGGGAGAAGGCCGAGGCCGCGCUGUCGAAGCUGAACGGGCAGAGUGGAGAGGCCGAGGCCAAGGCGCUACAAGCAAAGCGGCUCGCCGACCAGUUUCGCAAGGCCGCCGACGAAGCUAAAAAAGCAGCAGAGGAGCGCGACGCGGCCGCUGCUUUGGAACAGCGGAAGAAGAUGGGCCUGGCCGAGCGGUUGCGGCUCGCCGUUGCUGCCGCUGAAUUGUCCAACAAGGAGGCAUCAUUGAGACUGAGCGCGUCCGAGGCGCGCGUUGCUGAACUCGAGAGGCGGAACGCGGAACUUGCCGAGGAAGUCGCCCGUCUUACUGAGGAGAUGGAGGCGCUGCGGGCCCUGCCGCGGGGCCCGCGCUUCCAGCAGUUCGUCAAGCUCAAGGAGAACAAUAUUCAAUUGAAAGAGCGACUAGAGACCCACGGCAUCGCCGCGUCGCCGCCGCCCGUGCCGUCGCGGCGGCGGAAGCCCGGCAAGCUUGAUCAGAGGCGGAAAUCGUCGGCCCAAACGCAGGCCAUGCUCGACAUGAUAAGUUAGUUUACAG